AACCAACAGCCUCAGGGGGUACCUGUCAACUAGCUGAGUGUGGGAGGCGGAGACUUGAUUUUCAUGCGUUCUUCUUCCCAGGAACUCGGGUUGAAAGUGACAACAGCGAGCGUUUCUAUUUUCGGAAAUGGACGUUUCCGUUUCUCCGAGCAGGACAGAGCCACAACAUCCCGGUUUGGAGACUGCCUGCAGGCCCACACGGGGAAGACGCCACAGCAUGGGAACCUUCAGAAUCUGGGAUGUCAACCAGAAGGUCUUCUACCUAAGUCAUAAGCAACUAGUUGCUGGCUACUUGCAAGCAGCCAAUGCUAACUUAGAAGAGAAGGUGGAGGUGAUGCCCGCUGAGUCCAACAGUGUGUUCCUGGGGCUCCACUCAGGGAAACUGUGGCUGUCCUGUGUCAAAUCCGGAGACAAGGUCCGACUGCAAUUGGAGGAAGUGGAUAUCACUGACCUGGGCAGAAACAAGGAGCAAGCCAAGCGUUUCACCUUCCUCCACUCACAGAAUGGCCCUACCACCAGCUUCGAGUCAGCUGCCAACCCUGGCUGGUACCUCUGUACAGAGUCUGAAGGGGACAAGCCAGUCAGCUUCACCAAUAAGCCCAAAGAUACCACCAAGAUCACCCAAUUCUACUUCGAAGGGCAACAGUAACGCCGCCCAUGCCUCUCCUUCACUCCACUCCAUGGAUAACUCUGGAAGCUGCCUCUCCACUGCUGCUUGGGGACUCCUGGCUCCCCUGGGCAUGGCUUGCCAUUAGAAGGUGCUAUAGAGCCCUGGUACCUGAACUCAAUCGCUAGCUUCCUCAGCUAACCAAGCUCCCUACAGGUUAGUCUUUGAAAAACGCAAACACUCCUCUGCCGAAGCCCUUCAGCGUCACCGUGCCUCCGUGAUAAAAGCCCGACUUCUUCACCUGGGCCCCAUCCACCUGCCCGGUCUCAGUGUCUCCGCUCUUCUCCCCACGACUCCGCCUCGCCCACCACACGUCCAUGCCUCAGGUGCACCAGCACAUUCCACGCUCCGACCCCUACCAGGCGGCGCCCCACCCUCUUUUGCAAGUUGGUGCUAGUCUGUGACAAAGAUGUUCAGGGUCUAUGCCUGGUAGUGAACAUGUUCCUUACUGCGCGUGUGAAAUGAUGAUGAACGGAGACGGCUGUGUUUAUUUUCUCUCAUUAUUUUUUGUAAUGUCACAAUAUGUAAAAAUGAACAGUA